CAGGUUGCUACUUUACUCCAUGUAAAAAGCAAGAAACCAAAUGGAGAUUUUUCAGUACAAGAUACGGUACUGGCUGCUCCCAAGUCUUUUGACAGCUGCUUAUUUCUGCACCAUCGUCCUGGCUCAAGUGGCUCCACCAACAAGACUAAGAUAUAAUGUGUUAUCUCAGGACAGUAUGCAAAUUUCAUGGAAGGCUCCAAAAGGGAAAUUCGGUGGAUACAAGCUCCUUGUGACCCCUGCUUCCGGUGGAAAAACUAGCCAGUUGAAUCUCCAGAACACUGCAACUAAAGCAAUUAUUCAAGGUCUUAUGCCAGAUCAGAAUUACACGGUUCAACUUAUCGCUUACAAUAAAGACAAGGAAAGCAAGCCAGCCCAAGGCCAAUUCCGAAUUAAGGAUUUGGAGAAGAGGAAGGAACCGAAACCCAGGGUCAAGGUUACGAACAAAGUAAACGGGACAAAACCAUCCUCACCAGAAGAAGUGAAGUUUUUCUGCAAGACUCCAGCCAUUGCUGAUAUUGUCAUCCUUGUCGAUGGUUCCUGGAGUAUUGGACGAUUCAACUUCAGACUGGUUCGGCUUUUCUUGGAAAAACUUGUUACAGCUUUCAAUGUGGGCUCAGAAAAAACUCGAAUUGGCCUCGCACAGUACAGUGGCGACCCCAGGAUCGAAUGGCACUUGAAUGCCUUUAGCACAAAGGAUGAGGUGAUUGAAGCCGUCAGAAAUUUACCAUACAAGGGAGGGAACACGAUGACAGGUCUUGCCUUGAACUACAUUUUUGAAAAUAGUUUUAAACCAGAAGCAGGAGCAAGAACUGGAGUGUCAAAAAUUGGCAUCUUAAUUACGGAUGGAAAAUCCCAAGAUGAUAUUAUCCCGCCGUCCCGAAACCUCCGUGAAUCUGGCGUAGAACUGUUCGCCAUAGGGGUGAAGAACGCAGAUGUGAACGAGCUGCAGGAGAUUGCCUCGGAGCCCGACAGCACGCACGUGUACAACGUGGCGGAGUUUGAUCUGAUGCACACGGUGGUGGAGAGCCUGACCAGGACCGUGUGCUCCCGGGUGGAGGAGCAGGACAAGGAAAUCAAAGCCUUAGCUCUUGUCACCAUUGGACCACCUACAGAAUUGAUUACUUCUGAAGUCACUGCCAGAAGCUUCAUGGUUAAUUGGACUCAUGCCCCAGGAAAUGUGAAAAAAUACAGAGUUGUGUAUUAUCCAACCAGGGGUGGAAAACCAGAAGAGGUUGUGGUGGAUGGUAGUGAAUCUUCCACGGUGCUGAAAAACUUGAUGUCUUUGACCGAAUACCAGCUAGCAGUCUUCGCAAUAUAUCCCCACACAGCUAGUGAAGGACUCCGCGGAAGUGAAACUACACUUGCUUUGCCCAUGGCUGCUGACCUUGAACUCUAUGAUGUGACUGAGAACAGUCUCCGCGUCAAAUGGAAUGCAGUGGCUGGAGCAUCUGGGUACCUGAUCCUCUAUGCACCUCUUACUGAGGGUCUGGCUGGAGAUGAAAAAGAGAUGAAAAUUGGAGAGACCCACACCGAUAUUGAGUUGAGUGGGCUUUUACCCAAUACGGAAUACACAGUCACCGUUUAUGCCAUGUUUGGAGAAGAGGCCAGCGAUCCGGUUACAGGGCAAGAAACAACAUUGCCUUUAAGCCCACCGAGAAACCUGAGGAUCUCCAACAUCGGCUCCAACAGUGCCCGGUUAAGUUGGGACCCCACAUCAAGGAAGAUCAGUGGUUAUCGAAUUGUUUAUAACAAUGCUGAUGGAACAGAAAUCAAUGAGGUUGAAGUUGAUCCUAUUUCUACAUUUCCCCUGAAAGGCUUGACACCCCUCACAGAGUAUACCGUUGCCAUUUUCUCCUUAUACGAGGAGGGACAGUCGGAGCCUCUGACUGGAAUGUUCACCACUGAGGAAAUCCCGGCCCAGCAAUACCUGGAGAUUGAUGAGGUGACGACAGAUAGUUUUAGAGUGACCUGGCACCCCAUUUCCGCUGAGGAAGGACAGCACAAGUUGAUGUGGAUCCCAGUCUAUGGUGGGAAGACUCAAGAGGUUAUCCUUCAAGAAGACCAGGACUCACACAUCAUUGACGGCCUGGAGCCUGGCACUGAGUAUGAAGUUUCACUGCUGGCUGUGCUUGAUGAUGGAAGCGAGAGCGAGGUGGUGACUGCUGUUGGAACCACACUUGACAGUGCGUGGACAGAGCGAGCCACAGACGUUCCAGCAACCACACCAGUGACUGAAGUUUUCCGCACAGGAAUCAGAAACCUGGUUGUAGAUGAUGAGACAACUUCUAGCCUGCGGGUUAAAUGGGACAUUUCAGACAGCAGUGUGCAGCAGUUCAGGGUGACCUAUCUGACUGCCCAAGGGGAGCCGGCGGAAGAGGUGGUGGCCACGGUUAUGGUGCCUGGAACUCAGAACCAACUCCUGCUGAAGCCUCUGCUUGCUGACACGGAAUACAAAGUCACAGUGACCCCCAUCUACACUGAUGGCGAAGGUGUCAGCGUCUCGGCCCCUGGGAAAACUUUACCCCUGUCUGGUCCUCAAAACUUACGGGUCUCUGAGGAGUGGUAUAACCGACUACGCAUUACGUGGGACCCCCCAUCUUCACCUGUCAAGGGCUAUCGAAUUGUCUACAAACCUGUUAGUGUUGCUGGCCCCACCCUGGAGACGUUUGUGGGAGCCGACAUUAACACCAUCCUUAUCACAAACCUCCUCAGUGGGAUGGACUACAACGUGAAAAUCUUUGCCUCCCAGGCCUCAGGCUUCAGCGACGCUCUGACAGGCGUGGUGAAAACACUCCCGUUAGGAGUGACCGAUCUCCAAGCCAACCAGAUUGAACUGACCAGCUUGUGUGCUCAGUGGCAGAUGCACCGUCAUGCCACAGCCUACAGGAUAGUUAUAGAAUCCAUCCAGGAUACACAAAAGCAAGAAUCUACUGUGGGUGGAGGAACCACCAGGCAUUGUUUCUAUGGACUUCAGCCUGACUCAGAAUACAAAAUCAGUGUUUACACAAAGCUCCAGGAGAUUGAAGGACCUAGUGUGAGCAUAAUGGAGAAAACCCAAUCACCUCCUACUCAACCACCAACUUUCCCUCCAACCAUCCCACCUGCAAAAGAAGUAUGUAAAGCUGCCAAGGCAGACCUGGUGUUUAUGGUGGAUGGAUCCUGGAGUAUCGGAGAUGAAAAUUUCAACAAGAUCACUGACUUUCUGUACAGUACUGUUGGAGCCCUGGACAAGAUCGGUGCAGAUGGAACUCAAGUGGCAAUGGUUCAGUUCACUGAUGACCCUAGAACAGAGUUCAAGCUAGAUUCUUAUAAAACCAAAGAGUCUCUUCUUGAUGCAAUAAAACGUGUUUCAUACAAAGGAGGAAAUACAAAAACAGGAAAAGCCAUUAAGCAUGUUCGAGAUACGUUAUUUUCCCAAGAUUCAGGUACACGGAGAGGCAUCCCCAAGGUGAUAGUGGUUAUAACUGAUGGGAGGUCACAAGAUGAUGUGAACCAAAUUUCCAGGGAGAUGCAAGCAGAUGGCUACAGCAUUUUUGCGAUUGGUGUGGCGGAUGCAGAUUACUCCGAGUUGGUUAACAUUGGCAGUAAGCCCAGUGCCCGCCAUGUCUUCUUUGUGGAUGACUUUGACGCAUUUAAGAAAAUUGAAGAUGAGUUGAUUACUUUUGUCUGCGAAACUGCAUCAGCAACAUGUCCACUAGUGCACAAAGAUGGUAUUGAUCUUGCAGGAUUUAAGAUGAUGGAAAUGUUUGGUUUAGUUGAAAAGGAUUUUUCAUCAGUACAAGGGGUGUCUAUGGAGCCCGGUACCUUCAAUGUGUAUCCAUGUUACCGCCUUCAUAAGGAUGCUCUCAUUUCUCAACCAACCAAGUAUUUGCAUCCAGAAGGAUUGCCCUCUGAUUACACCAUUAGUUUUCUAUUCCGAAUUCUUCCUGACACUCCAGAGGAACCAUUUGCUCUUUGGGAGAUUUUGAAUAAAAAUUCUGACCCAUUGGUUGGAGUGAUUUUAGAUAAUGGUGGAAAAACUCUAACAUAUUUCAACUAUGACUACACUGGGGAGUUUCAAACGGUUACUUUUGAAGGACCUGAAAUUAAGAAAAUUUUCUACGGAAGUUUUCACAAGCUGCACAUUGUUGUCAGCAAGACUCUCGCCAAAGUGGUUAUUGACUGCAAACAAGUAGCUGAGAAGGCCAUAAAUGCAUCGGCCAAUAUCACAGUGGAUGGAAUGGAAGUUCUGGGGAGAAUGGUCAGAUCAAGAGGCCCGAAUGGAAACUCUGUCCCAUUCCAGUUGCAGAUGUUUGAUAUUGUCUGCUCCACAUUAUGGGCCAAUAAAGACAAAUGCUGCGAACUUCCGGGCCUGAGAGAUGAGGAGACCUGCCCUGAGCUUCCACAUUCCUGCUCCUGCUCUGAAAACAGCAAAGGGACUCUGGGACCAGCAGGCCCCCCAGGUGGUCCAGGACUCCGUGGACCGAAGGGUCAGCCGGGUGAACAAGGUCCAAAGGGACCAGAGGGCCCUCGAGGUGAAACAGGCCCUACAGGACCCCAAGGCCCUCCUGGGCCCCAAGGACCGAGUGGUCUGUCCAUUCAAGGAAUGCCUGGAAUUCCAGGAGAAAAGGGAGAGAAAGGAGAUACUGGUCUUCCCGGACCUCAGGGUGUCCCGGGAGGUGUGGGCUCACCAGGACGUGAUGGCGCACCCGGCCAGAGGGGCUUUACUGGAAAGGACGGAGCGUCAGGCCCACCUGGACCACCAGGGCCAAUUGGCAUUCCUGGAGCUCCUGGAGCCCCCGGGGUCACAGGAAGCAUGGGACCUCAAGGCGCCCUGGGACCACCUGGUGUCCCUGGAUUAAAGGGAGAGCGCGGAGAGCGGGGAGACCUGCAGUCUCAAGCCAUGGUGAGGGCGGUGGCUCGUCAGGUGUGCGAACAGCUCAUCCAGAGUCACAUGGCUCGGUUCACAACCAUCCUCAACCAGAUUCCCAGCCACUCAUCGUCGAUCCGGACCAUCCAAGGCCCACCUGGGGAGCCUGGAAGACCUGGCUCUCCUGGAGCCCCUGGGGAACAAGGACCCCCAGGGACCCCAGGCUUCCCAGGAAAUGCCGGUGAGCCCGGAACCCCAGGAGAACGAGGCCUAACUGGGACCAAAGGAGAAAAAGGGAACCCAGGCAUUGGAACCCAAGGUCCACGAGGCCCCCCUGGGCCAGUGGGACCUUCCGGGGAGAGCCGACCUGGCAGUCCUGGGCCCCCUGGCUCUCCUGGACCAAGGGGUCCACCUGGCCACCUGGGAGUGCCUGGACCGCAAGGUCCUUCCGGCCAGCCUGGAUACUGUGACCCCUCUUCAUGUUCUGCGUAUGGUGUGGGAGCUUCCCAUCCUGAUCAGCCGGAAUUCACCCCUGUUGAAGAUGAACUAGAAGCCAUGGAGCUGUGGGGACCCUCGAUCUGA